CAACAGCAACAAUCGCUUCUAGAAAGUGGUGACAACAUCAUGAUUCAUCUGGUCUCUGGUACAACUGGUAGCAGCUCUAUUUCACCUAGAAGUGCUGGAAAGGGAACAGUGGCAGCGUCUGUGUCAACACCCGAGAGACUUCUAUUAGACGACAGCGAAGAUGACAGUGACGAAGAUUUGCGCAGGGAGCAAAUGAAAAAAGAUGAAGAAUUGGCACGACAACUCCAGCAGGAGGAGGAAGAUUCCACAAAAGGAUCUUCAUUGACUACCUUUAAUCAAGGCAAAUACAAACCUGCUCCUGCAGUCGUGGGCGGAGCCAGCAGCAGUAGCAGUUCUUCCAGCAGUAGCAGCUCGUCUUCAUCCGCUCGUCCUGCUGGGGUAACAUCAUCGGCCUUUGCUCCACGUCAGGCUCCACACAUGAAUUCUACUUCGUCUCAGCAGACUACCUUCGGUCCUCUAGGUCCACCUCCACCUCCUGUGGAGGAACAAUUCGACACAGGCAUGCCAAGCCCCGCUACCUUAAGACUAGUACCGCUCUACAGCAUGUGGCCAUCAUCCCUGGUUCUUGUUCUUCUUUUUCUACUUGUGCUGUACCUGAUUCAGGUUGUGCUGUACCUGAUUCAGGUUGUGCUGUACCUGAUUCAGGUACUUAUAGAUAAUGGUGUUGUACUCGUCUGCUCAACAUUUCACCGCAUUUUUCUACUUAAUAUGAAAACGAAGCUUCCAGGGAUGUCUAUUUGAAUUAUGUGGGCCAUAGAUCUACUUUCUUGGGAACAAGAUGCAAUCGUGACACAACGACCUCUAAUUAUUGGUGCUGUACUGACAAAACUUGUUGCUGAACGAGGAGAUCAGGGAACAGUGGAGGAGCUUCAUUUGCAGCAGGCCAUUUUGAGUUCCCAUUUGACGACCUCUUCCGCAGCAGCAGGAGGAGGUGCUUCAAGACCAUCUUCAUCUAGUAGUUGGUCGUCUUCAUCAUCAUCUGCAGUUGCAGGAAACCUAAGCCUGCUAUAUCAGAAUACAACUAGUACUGCUUUCAAUAGUGCUUCGAUCAAUAACAACUCAGUUGUAGCUCCUGUCCUGGAGCCAUCCGGUUACGAAGGAUCCUCGGAAGAAGAAGCUUGCCAGGUCCUCAACGUUCCCACCCUAGCUGUGGGUGGUGAUCAGAUGGAGCAUAAUAUUACCAGUACUAGUACAGGCGUAUUGGACCUCGCUCCAGAUCAUGAAAUGGCGCAGAAGAUAGCGCAGAAUAUUACCAGUAGAACUUCUAGUACGGGAGGCAUCUUCUUGGUGGAAGAUCAGAUUCAGGGUGAUACCGGAGAUAGUACGAACGCACCAAUGGUAGUGGAAGAAAACGCAAUAAUGUUGGAAGAAGACGGAGUCUUGGAAGAAGUCGAAGAUGUUCCUGACUUCUAUAACGAUGACGAAUCGUCAUCCGGAGCACCAGAAAAUGCCAAUCCUCCUCCCCCCGGACCGCCAGAAAAUGCUGAUCCACUUCCCCAUUUUGCUGCCAAUCCUCCCCAUGCAUUUGCGGGUCGUCUGGAUUCUGUGCCAGAAGAUGCUGUUAUGGAAGAUGUCGCGCCACCUGCGACGUCCUCGGAAGAAGCUCAAGAAGUUCCGACAGGAGGUGAAGAAAUUCCGACUCCAGCUGAGGCAGUAGAAGUUCCGACUCCAGCUGAGGCAGAGGAGGAAGUUCCACCCAGCACGACAGACACUGUAACAGUGGAUGGCCGUCGAUUUCUAUCUGCGAGUAGACGUGAAGAGCACCGUCGAGCUCUCGCUAAGGAAUUCGGGAAGUUCGAUGAGAUCGAAUUCCAAAGGAGGAGGGCGGCACCACGGCAACAUGAAGAUCCCAUAGUUAUGCAAAUCGAAUAAUAUGGGUGCCGUCAAGAUCAACCCAUCGCUCCUUACAGUUGCGACGCCAUCUUGUUUUAGACAAGAAAGGGUCCUUUUUGAUGGAGCAUCAAGCUAAGAAAUGUUGAUGUUCUCCAGUUCUAAAAGGUGUGAUGUUCUAAAACGUAAAAGAUGGGUUCUUCUUGUUGGUACGACCUGAGGUAAACAACUCUAACCUAAACGCGCAAAGUACUUUGGGUUUGCUGGAAAAGUUACGAAUCUCAGAAAUCACCGUCUAGCUUCAAAGAACAAAUCUUCUGCUACUUACCACAUUCAGCUUCAAGGAAGAAAUCUUCUAUUUACUGUGAUGUGUGACGGCAUCUCCUAUACUGUGUUGUGCAGGAGAUGAGAAGAAGAAUGGUCUGCAGAACGUCGAGGUCAAAAAAUUACUUUUCGUAUUUACUUGAGUGGAUACUAUAAGUUUGUUUGUGAUUGUGAGGUCCUAUAAUUCCUAAGAUGAAAGAGCUACUAGUCUCUCUGGGAAGGUAAAGAUUUUCUUCACGUUUCGUCAGGGUUUGCGAGGUCUUCAUCAUUGAAAGUACUUGUUGACAUCUUUCAGUCAGGGAGGAGAAUCCAUGACUAGAGGUAGAGACGCCAACGAACAUCAUGCUGAGGAUCGAUUAGUAGUAGUAAGAGUAGUACUAGUUGUUGUAUUCAGAUUUUACUUUUUGUGCACCAACCCAUAGUCCUCGAAUCGUUCUUCUGUUCUAUAAGGAAAACUAAUACUCACUUCGCGAUAACAAGGUAUAUGAAGUAAAGUAGUUCGCUCCAGUCAAUAUCAAUAAACUGUUUCCUUCUUCAUUCUUUGGAGCGGAUACGAUGAAGUUUCUUGGUGGCGGGAUGCAAAAGAGCUCCAGCGAUCCUCGAGAGCAGAAGUACCCCAUGCUUCGUCUCCAGCUACUCCGUGUUAAGAAGUCGUGGACCCUCAACCUUAACCUUUAGUUUGUUAGACGUAGACCAAAAAUUCUGCUUCUGCGAGUGAAGUUAGUAAGAUGAAUUAUCAUACAUAUUUAGAAUUUUUAGCAACACCCACACCCAUAAUAUCGUCCAUAUGACAUCAGUGACAUGCAUUAUUAGAAUGAUACAAUCCUUGUUCGUGACCAACACGCGCGCUGCCUUAGUAUUGCUCCACCACUCCACCUGUGUCUAUUAGUAAUCUACCUCUAGAUGUUGAAGUUGAUUAGUUAUGCGUUCUUUUGCCCUGUUCUCUCCGCUUCAAAGCUUAUCUAUUGAAGAACGAUAAGAGCGAUGGAUCAUUUGUUCUAGCAUCUCUGUUCUCGAUCUUCUAAGCCCGAGCGCGAGAAGGUGCAGACGGAGUUGCGAGACAUGAAUGAAGAGGAUGGAAGACUUAGGGAUGAAAACGCAAGGCUUAGGCACGAGGCAAGAGAAUUGGAGGCAGAACAAAGACGCUACCGUUAAGGCUUCAUCCCUUAAUCAUGAUCCAUCUCGUCUAACUAUAGGGAUGAUCAUUCAAGAACAGUAGGCACACCAAUAGUAGUUCUGUACUAUCUAUCUCUCGUUAAGCUGUCGCACUUAGCGUCCAGGCUGCAGCGAGGCCCCGUGAAAUCUGAAAUCGGACGCUGAGGAAUACGCUUGAGGGAUCUAGUCCACAGGGAUGAACUAGGGAUGGACUUCUAAUACCAGGAGGCAAGAGACCGAGAGUCUCAGGCCGACGCCGCUCUCCGCGACUUCAUGCACUCCAAUAUGAGAGCCGAAGCGGAUGCAAACGCGAAAAUAUUGGAGUUAUGUUGGCAUCAUGAUGAUUUGAUCGGUGUAAGUAAAUCUAGAGUAUUCAAGAGCACCUGGUUCUUCGCUUCAAAGCUUCCUUAGCCUCCUUCCGAGAGUGCACUCAUUUAUCAUAGGGAAUAAAUUUCUUGUACUCUGAAGAAGUCCUGCGUGAUUACUUAGCCCUCUACUCGCCCUCUAUUUGAAGAUUCUGAUACGGAAAUUAUAAGUUUCGAGACCGGAGGACAGUACAGCAGUGCUCUACUACUUGAGCAACUUCUUCUAUUUACAUCACUUACUUAGAUUCGCAGCGACGACUCGAGCUGCUUAAUUCAACUACUCAAGAUCAUUAAAUAUAGUAAUUCUACCUGCUCUUCUACUUCUAACCUCUGCUCGUGAAGCAGAGUUGAAAGAGAAGGAGCGUGCGUUGGCCGAGGAGUGGGAGAAGGAGUGCGUGAGCCGGAGGAAAUAUAGGAUGCAUAUAGAAAAGUGCUACGAGGAGGUAAUGGGUGAGGCUGGACAUUAUGGACUUGGGCAUACUCGAAUAGUACUGCAAAUACGCAACUAACAAUAUUAUCAAUCUGUUGUUUCCCAGCAUACUUGGUUCAUCUUUCAGUCUGUCGAAUACCUUGAAAUACCAUUUGUGCUCGUUACGAUUGGCAGUCGUCGUGACGGAUGUUGCAGGGGAUGUUUCUACUAGUUGGCAAUUUUGGUGGUCUACUAGGCGUAGGCUCUCAUCUUUAUUAUCACUUGCCUUCUCUCUGCUAAGUAAGUACACAAGACGUCUUCUCAGAAAGCUUUACUUUUUCUUUUUCUAAUCCUCGACAUUGGAUAAUAGUCGGAAAGAGCAGGCGGAAUUGCAGCGGAUGCAGGAAGAGUUUCGUAUAAGGAAGGUUAAGGCUGCUCUUACUAAAUCAUAUUAUAUGGGAGAGCUGUAUCAGUAUCUUCACAGGGAUGAAACGAAAUAGCGGAAAAUCUCCCCCACAAACACAGCAGUAAUUUUUCAAGCAUGCAGCUAGUGAAUUUGAAACAAGAUGAAUUCGGAUUAUGAAUAAAGCUCUGUCUAAGAACGAGGAGCAGGAAAGAGAGUACGAGCAGAAAAAAGCGGAGCUCGAUGAAGAAAGGAAAGUAUUUUAAGGGAGGUUAUUGCUAUACCAGAGUAGUUUAUAGCACGCAUGGUGCACGGAGUAGCAUGGAGUGCAUGGAGCGCAGAGCUUUAAGGGGCGCAAGAACUCCCCCUUUAGCUCCAUGCUACUCCAUGUGAUCCAUGCACUUCAUGCCAUGCGAGCUGUGAAACAUUAUAAAUUGCUCUGUAUAUACUCAUAACAUUUAAUUGCAUUGUUCCUCACAAGCAUCCUUGGCUAUUUUCAUAAAAAAAAGCUCUAAGUAUUGGAGGAAGAGAGGCGCCGUCAUGAAGAGGAAUGGGAGGCUGCGAGGGAAGCCUUAAAGCACGCUUUGGAGAUGCAUUUACGGUUGCUCAUUUUUACCGGCAUCUUGGUAGCCCCAUUUGGAAGGUCGUGUUGAAAAGGGAAGCAAGAUCCAAGAUGCUGGGACUUAUUUUCUAGUUAACGUCUAACGUCUGAGCAAGAAAAGACGCGGCUUGAGCUCAAAAAGAAGGAAGACGAAGAGGCCUUGGCAGAGGAGAGGCAACAGAACGAUGCAGACCUGCAGAAGGCCGUGAAGUCUAUGAGUGCGGAAGCGAGACGAAACUUGGAAGCAGUAAUGGCACAGUUAAGAUUUAGAUUUAUCAGAGACUGUUCUGUAUGCUCACUUUUCAGGUACUACUUAGAAAAACUUGUAGUUAAGGGUCAACAAGGACAACCUCAGGGAUUCAAGUAGAAAAAGAAGUGUGGGCCAAGGAUCAUAUGACUUUCUGGGAAGAUUGAUUAGAGCGGCCAAGGAUGGGAACAAGCUGUCACGCGAUAGAGGAGUAGCUCUAACAGAGAGACUGCAGGAGAAGGAACGCGAGCUCGAGAACAAGUUCCGUAUAGAAAACGAGAACCUCGCAGCGAUAUAUCAGGCUGAGUUGGGGAAACUUGAGAACAAGUGGCGGCAAAGCUCUGACAACCUGGAACGAGAAAGGGCGGCUCUUAAUGAACGCACAAGAUUAAGGCGAGUAGAUACUAAUAUCGCUACGAAUGUUUCCAGAUGUUGAAGCGAUAGUUGCACUACGUACAUCUAGCAUAAGUAGAUCUGUAGCUUCUUGGGUUAGGACCAUCAACAUUCAACUCUUAUGAUGAUAAGAGAAUCGUAAGUCUAAAGUCUUACGAUGAUUUUAAAAAAUGAUUCUUCAUCUAUGGUCUUCUAUAUCUACCCAGCUCCUCUUGCUCUUCCUUCUUCUAAUGUUUAUCGAGAUGGAUGAGCGCAUGACGCACGUGAUGCACAAGCAGAGCGAGGUAGAUGACCUGAUGGCUCUCCUAGAGGGGAAAGAGUUACUUGCGCAGCGACGACUCGAAGACGUUGAACGACGCGAAGCCGAACUGACCGCUCACGAGGCUGCUAUGGCAGCUAUGGCAGAGGAGGAUAAGGCGACAGAACUCGAGGAUGCUGCGGCAAACCUUCUGCGGGCUGAGGGUAGACUACAGGAGGUUCCACACGCUGGUGCAGGACUAGGUGAACAGGCUGGCGCAGGACUAGCUGAACAGGCUGGUACUGGUGCAGGACUGCAAGUUUCACAGGCUGAUUCUGGUGCAAAUGCUCGCUCAUGCGGUGCAAAUGCCGGCUCUGGUGCUGGUGCAAGUGCUGGCUCUGGUGCUGGUGCAAAUGCUCCUUCUGGUGCAAAUGCUGGCUCUGGUUCUGGCGAGAACGUAGCUAGUGCUGGUGCGAACGCUACUGGUACGAACGUAGGCGUAGCUAGUGCUGGUGCGAACGUUACUGGUACGAACGUAGCUGGUGCUGGUGCGAACGUAACAAAUGCCGGACAGCUCCAGAGUCACCAAUUCAAAGGCGGCGUCGCCAGCAACAAUUCUAACAAUUCUCGGUCUUCCGCUUCUCGAUCGUGCUCUGUAUCCGAGGAACAAAGAGCUGAACUGGAUCGCCAGGCAGCAAAGUUCGAUUCACUAGAGGCUAGUGCAGCAAGAGCAUUAGCAGCGUUAUCUUUGCCGUCUGCAGUGGAACGUGGAUCAGUUCUCCAACGAAAGGCGACGAUAAUGCUGCAACAGCAGCAGCAACAGCAGCAGCAGCAGGCUUCUUCGCUGAGAGAGCUAGAAAUGGCACAAAAAGAGGCCGGACCAGGAGCAGAGGCGAUGAUGGGUGUGAGCCCGUCGCUUGUUGUCAAUCCCAGUGCAGAGGAUGCUGGAGGGAAUGCUGAUCGUGCUCCCGAUGCAGAGCAGGCGCCCUCUUCGCAAAACGCUUUAGUACAAGGUCGUGGAAGUGGUGAGCAGAUCAACAUGGGCGCCUCGAACUCUGGUGAGCAGAUCCAGCAGAUCAACAUGGGCCCACAGACAACACACCAUGGAAGUGCAGCUGCUGCUCCCUUAGGAUCGCAUCUACCCGCUUCUUCGGAAGAGGAGCCGGUGGGCAUCGGGUCAGUGACCGUGGAGGAAGGUAACACUCUACGGGGUGGUGCACGAGGCAGUGCAAACCUACCUGCUAACAACAGGAGGGGCGGUGGCGGUGGUGCGGUUGUAGACCGCGAGCGACGAUUGCCCUCGGGUGUAACACAGCGACGACCUCCUCCCUACGGCGCACCAAGCACCGUGAAAAGCAAUAAUCCAAGUCCAGAGACGAAAUUAUGGUCACCUCCGUAUAAAUAUUCUUUUCUUAUUCUUCUUUCUCGGAGAUUGGUCUUGGUAAUAUGAUCCACCUUGUGCGCCCCUGUAUUAAUUUCCACGAAAUACAAGGGAGAGGGGUUGUGGUCGAGAUGAGGGAACCGAGAUGUUUACAAUGCGACUCUAAUGAAAGCGAAACGACCUCAGCAACUGCAGACACUGCGCUUGCAGCAACCCGAAGGUUAAGGUUUUCCGACUUGCAUUUCAAAUUUUUGCGUUCCUCAAUACCAUCCCAUCCCUGGCUUUUUGUUUCUAGAAGAGAAUGAGAAGCCAAGGAAGAUGUUAUGAGCAAUGUGAUUCCGUAACCCGGCCGCUGCUCUAAGAAGGCGAGGCUUGGCGCGAGAGCGACCUGCUACGGGCGCAACGAAGGAAUCCGCAUGGUCCACAAGAGGACGAUGCGCCUCAACGGAAUCCCUUCAGAAGAAGUAGCGUCCAGAUUAUGGCUACUUUCUCUGUUGUACUUGCACUUCUUGUAAUUCGAAUCUAGAAUCCAAAUCCAUCCUCUUCCUCAGAGGACUCGUCACGAGAGUGGUCUUCAUCCUAGAAGAGAUGAAGAGGCUUUGCAAGGGGAGAAGUAGAGGCCUCAUCUACUCUGGUAGCAUGUUAAACUUAAACUAUCUACUUAACAACAACAGCAGGCUACUUGAGAAUACUAGUAGGAUGUUAAAAAACUGUCUUACUUUACUAGUACUUCUAUGCUAAACUUAAUAAGAGUAGAUGGGUGGAGAUAAUCUGAUGGCCGACGAGCUCUUCUAACAAGAGCGACGUAGAAGCAGAGCUGCGUGCUGGUGUUUUCUCAGCCUCUCCAGAUAUGCUGCUGGUGCAUUACGGAAGCGCAAACACAGGAGAAGCAGUUGCCUUUGCUUCUGCAGGACAGGUCGCGCAUCAACCUCCACAACAUCAAGUAGUCGUGAAUCAACCUCCAAUAGAGGAACAAGGGUACGCCUCCUUUCCUCCAGGACACAGUGGCUCAUCGCUCCCAACAACGAUAGAAUUAAGGGUUUACUUACUCCAAAUUGCAUCCCCUACAAACCAUUCCUCACUCUACUUUUUCCAGUAGUCUUAGGGUGAGCAGGAGUGAUGUUCAUGUUCUGAAGAAUGUACUAAUGCUGCAGCCUCGCUCUAAUAGAGGGGGCACCGAGUACAACUGUAUCGCCAACCGAACUGCCGGGAGACGCGAGUCAGCAACUCAAUCAACUAGGAAUGGGAAUGGCCGUGGUUGGAGGUCUACAACCUGGUGGUGGUGCUCAUCAUCAGCUUGGAGGUGCUCAGCAUCUUCCUGUUGCUCAAAAUCCUGGUCCGGCUUAUCAGCGCGGAGGCACAACUACUUCUCAACAGCCGGGUACAACAACUUCAUCUCAUCAACACUCUUCGCCGAAUCUGGCACAACUACAUCUACGGCACUACGGCUCAGCUUUGUACUCUUCACAGCCGUCUGGUUCAGAGCCGUCUGGUUCACAGCCAUCAGGUUUACAUCCAGAUGCCGCAGGCGACAAAGUACCACAGGACCUCCAAGGGGGACCUUCCGGACCCAGCGGACGGCCUACACAGUCGGGCCUCCCGUCUCUUAGACCGCGUGAA